AUGAAGACAGUCGUUGUUCUUGGCCAAUUGGCAAUCGUUGCUGGCUUCUGCUCUGCGUUGGAGGCCCAGAACAUCAUCGUCAGAAGUACCCGAACUCUUGAGACAAUCACGCUGAAUACAUGUCUGCCUGCAUCGCUUCCGCCUGGACAGUCUCCAGGACAGUCUUCUGGAGGAACUCCUGAACAGUCUCCUGGACAGUCUCCUGAAGAGUCUCCUGAAGAGUCUCCUGAAGAGUCUCCUGGACAGUCUUCUGGAGGAACUCCUGAACAGUCUCCUGGACAGUCUCCUGAAGAGUCUACUGAAGAGUCUCCUGGGCAGUCUUCUGAAGGAACUCCUGAACAGUCUCCCGGACAGUCUCCUGAACAGUCUCCUGAACAGUCUCCUGGGCAGUCUUCUGGAGGAACUCCUGAAGAGUCUCCUGGACAGUCUCCUGAAGAGUCUCCUGGACAGUCUUCUGGACAGUCUCCUGAACAGUCUUCUGGAGGAACUCCUGAACCGUCUCCUGGACAGUACCCUGGAGGAAAUCCCUCUGGGAAUAUCCCCACUUCUUCGCAGCCAUCCGAAGCUCAGCCCACCGGCCCUGUCGGUACUGAGCCUACCACAGUUCCUACAGCAGCAUCUUCACGGCUUUUGGCGAACUCUUACUGGUGUUUUGUAGUCUUUGGCGUUGUCUUCUUGCUCUAA